CAUCAACAUCAUUACAACCAAUUUACAAGCAAGGGAAGCAACUGUCAGUUGUAAUGUCGCGAGAAUCCAGCACGAGCUUUCAGCGUAUGGUAGUCGACCUGGGAAUCCAGGCACAGUCCUGCCUACUCCAAGCAGUGCGGGAUGCCAAGUGCGUCGGCGCCUUCCGUGCAUGCUGCACAUCCGCCCGCAACUUGGUGGAUGCCAACAUCACGGAGCUGACCUUCACGCUGCGCGACGUCCGGCCCAGCGCGGCAUCUGCGAGCUCAGGCACAUGCGUUGGACGUCACGUGCGUGCGGAGAAGCGGGCGCUGUGCACCGACCAGCCUUGGAGGCGCCUGGUGGAGCGCUGCAUCCAUGUGACGCGUGUGGAGGUGCGGGUGGAGGCGGGCCACCUGGCGGCGCUCUCCGCCGCGGGCUGCGACGUCGCCGGCUGCACCGCCCUGUCCCGCACCAUCGCCGCCGCCCUCCUCACGCCCGCCGCCGCCGGCGGCGCCGCAGCUGCCAUCGUCAAGGGCGCUAUCCCGCCGUGCGAGCGGGUAGACCACUUCAAGCUGUGGGUGGCUGCAGCGCCGCCGCCAGCAACCGCCGCUGUGGCAGUAGCAGGAGCAGGAGGAGCGGGAGUAGCAGGAGCAGGGGCAGCUGUAGCAGGAGCCGCCAUGCCGCCGCCGGGCACGUCGUCGCCCUCGCACCACCGGCCAUCAUCAGGGCCGUCCCUGCCGCCCCCGACGCCGCCGCUCACGCGCGCCCGCACCAAGGCCCUCAAGGAGCACCAAACCCAGCAGCGCCGCCAGCAGCAGCAACGGCAGCGGCGAAAGCGCGCCGCACGUACCACCUCCAAUCCUCCUCUUUCACAAUCCACCUCUCCUCCGCCGCCGCCACCACCCGUCUUCGACGCCGGCUUUGCCGCCGCCCUGGCCUCAUGCUUCCCGCGCCUUCGCUUCUGCCGCCUGGCUGGCACGUGGUCCAUGGCGCCGCUGACGGCCGCCGCCGCGGCGCGCUUCCGCCGCCGCCACCACUACCACCUCCUCCACUUCGCUCGCAGCUACCACGACAGCCACGACGACGGCGCUGCCGACGGUGGCGACGCCGACGGCGCGCAGCGCCGCCACAGCGCCACUGGCUCUUGCAACAGCGGCGGCGGAGCCGCCGCCGCCGCUGCCGCCACGGCUGCUGCUGUCGGCGAGGCGCACCACCCGGCGCCCGCACCCGCGCACACACCCACCGGGCAGGAGCCCGCCGAGCACGGGGAGCAGGAUGCUGAGGGCGACUACGUGUGCGCGGCGACGCGCGACUUCUACUCGGCGCUGGCGGCUGGCCUGCCGCGCCUGGUCGGGCUGGCGGUGUCUCCGCCGCACGCCGCCGAGAUGCGCUACGUCGGUGUGCUGGCCGGCGGCUGCCCCCGCCUGCAGGCGCUGUGCCUGGGCGUCGCGCCGCCGCCUCUGGCGGCUGCGCCGCCGCAGGCGGGUGGUGAGCAGCAGCAGCAGGCGGAGCGCAGCCGUCGCGUGUCCACUGCAUCGUGCUGUGCCGCUGACGGCAGCUGCGGCGGCGGCGCCGGGAGCGGCGGUGGAAUGAUGCCGCUCGCGCCCGCGGCGGCGGCGGCGCUGUCGACGCUGCCGCGGCUGCGCGAGCUGCGCCUGCGCCACGACGCCACCACGCCGCCGCCGGCGGCACCGCUGCCGCCGUCGCAGCGGCGGAAGCGUGACCGCUUAGACGAGGAGGCGGCGGCGGUGGCGGUGGCCGCCGUUGACGGCGAGAAGGCGACGGCCAUGGCGGCAGCGGCGGCACCAGCAGCAGAUGAUUGCAACACACGCCCCAGCCGCCGGCAGCGGCUGCUGAGCCCCGCCGCCGCCGACGGCAUGAUUGCCAGCGGCCAUUCGUCGCUGCUGGCGGCGGGGCUGACGGCGCCGUCGCUGCGCCACGUGGAGUUGCUGACGCUGCUGCCGCCGCCACGGCACCAGCUGGCGGCGCCGUCGCCGUCGGGCCGGUCGGUGCUGCUGGCGGCGGCCGCCUCGCCCGCGCCCUGUUCGCCGGCUUCGGCGGCGACGUCGUCGCAGCUGACGGCGCCGCCGCCGCCGUCAUCGCCGCAGCUGAUGGCGGCGUCGCUGGGGCCGGAGCGCGCAGCAGCUGGUGCGCCGGCGACGGUGGUUGGGGCGGCAGUUGGCAGCGGUUGUGUGGCGGCGUCGGCGGCGGUGUGUGAUGCGAUGUCACCGCCGUCGUCGAGUGUGCGCUGCCUGCGACGCCACUGGUGGAUGUAGAUGGUAGUGCGGCAUACUUGCAUGGGCCGCAUGGCUUCAGUUGCGUGCCUGUAUGUGUUGUGAUCACAAGAUUGUCGAUUUGUGGUGCGGACGUGGGCUACUUAUCGGGGAACUUCAUCUUUCACAGCACUUCAGAGGCGGACUGGGAGAACUUUUGCUGGGGACGUUAUUGCUGGUGAAAGCGUUGCCAGUUGAAUAGGACGUGGGAAUGGCAUGUGGCCAGAAUUACCGUAUUGUGGCCCAUCACGGUAUGGACCAUAUCGAUAGAACGUGUAUGGGGGUGUUGGUUUGAGUUCGGGGAUUCUGAAGUUACUGAGUUUACAGAGGCGGGGGGGGACUGGGUGGGCAUGAUUGCGCAGGUGGCUACCGAUGCGCAAGGGUGCCGCAGGUCCGAACGGCACGUACUGUUGGUUCCGGAUUCCAUGGAUGUAACGAACGUCUACU